UGCUCGCCGCGAUCCCGUCGCCCGAUGUCCUCAAGAUGGAGGCCACGGGGGCGGCGGCGUGAAGGAGGCGGCGGCGGCGCUGCGGGUGCGGGUGCGGGCGCGGGGGCCCGGGCGGCGCGGGCGGCGCGGGCGGCGGCGGCGGGAUGGGGCUGCUGCUCCUGAUCCUGGCGUCGGCCGUGCUGGGCUCGUUCCUCACGCUGCUCGCCCAGUUCCUGCUGCUCUACCGCAGGCAGCCCGAGCCGCCGGCCGACGAGGCGGCCCGCGGGGGCGACGGCUUCCGCCACCUCAAGCCGGUGCCGGGCCUGGCCCUGCGGGAGUAUCUCUAUGGCGGCGGCGGGGCAGAGGAGCCCCCCGAGGGCGGCGCGCCCGAGACCCCCGCCCCGCCGACGCGGGAGACCUGCUAUUUCCUCAACGCCACCAUCCUGUUCCUGUUCCGGGAGCUGCGGGACACGGCGCUGGCCCGCCGCUGGGUCACCAAGAAGAUCAAGGUGGAGUUCGAGGAGCUGCUGCAGACCAAGACGGCCGGGCGGCUGCUGGAGGGGCUGAGCCUGCGCGACGUGUUCCUGGGCGACACGGUGCCCUUCAUCAGGACCGUCCGGCUGCUGCGGCCCGUGGCUCCCGCGGCCGGGGCCGGGGCCGGGGGCGGCGGCGAGCCCGACGGCGCGGACGGGGCCGAGGCGCUGCCCGCCGCCUCCCCGGAGGAGCUGGCCUUCGAGGCGGAGGUGGAGUACGGCGGCGGCUUCCACCUGGCCAUCGACGUGGACCUGGUGUUCGGCAAGUCGGCCUACCUGUUCGUCAAGCUGUCCCGCGUGGUGGGCCGCCUGCGCUUCGUGCUCACGCGCGUGCCCUUCACCCACUGGUUCUUCUCCUUCGUGGAGGACCCGCUCAUCGACUUCGAGGUGCGCUCGCAGUUCGAAGGGCGCCCCAUGCCCCAGCUCACCUCCAUCAUCGUCAACCAGCUCAAGAAGAUCAUCAAGCGCAAGCACACCCUCCCGAGUUACAAGAUCAGGUUUAAGCCAUUUUUUCCAUUCCAAACUUUGCAAGGGUUUGAAGAAGAUGAAGAUGAGCACAUCCAUAUACAACAGUGGGCACUUACUGAAGGCCGCCUUAAAGUCACAUUAUUGGAGUGUAGCAGGUUACUCAUUUUUGGAUCCUAUGACAGAGAGACAAACGUUCAUUGCACCCUUGAACUGAGCAGUGGUGUUUGGGAAGAAAAACAAAGGAGUUCAAUUAAGACGGUUGAGUUAAUAAAGGGGAACUUGCAGAGCGUCGGACUCACACUUCGCCUCGUCCAGUCAACUGAUGGCUAUGCCGGGCACGUCAUCGUCGAGACGGUGGCCCCAAACUCGCCUGCUGCGAUUGCAGACCUUCAGCGUGGAGACCGCCUGAUUGCAAUUGGAGGUGUGAAAAUCACAUCCACACUGCAAGUGCUGAAGCUGAUCAAGCAAGCUGGUGACCGAGUCCUGGUGUAUUAUGAAAGACCUGUCGGCCAGAGCAACCAAGGUGCUGUGCUACAGGACACGUUGGGACAGUUAGAAGAAAACUUUCUGCCAGGCUCAUGCCCACCCAGUUAUGAAGAGGAAACAGCUGGACUGGCAGUAGAUGCUGAGAACAGAGACCUGGAUUCUGAAUUCGAAGACUUGGCCAGUGAUGUCAGAGCACAGAAUGAGUUCAGAGACGAUGCACAGCCACUCACUCAUAGCCCCAAACGUACUCCGACAACACUCUCUGUUAAACCCCUGGGCGCUAUCUCCCCAGUUUUAAAUCGUAAGUUGGCUACAGGAAGUCACCCACCACCACCAAAACUUCCAUCCAAAGAAGGAAAUAAACCCUCAACUCUAAAAGCUUCUGAGGUGCCAGACUCAGCGCAAGUGUCGAAACCCACCCAAGGAUCCACUUUGAAACCACCCGUGCCACCACGCCCUCAGCUGAAAGUUCCUCUGCCUUCUACUGAUCCCCCAAAUCAGACAGACGCAGACGUUCUUUCUGAGAAGCCAGAGAAGGUCCUGCCACCCCCUGCUGUCGAUAAAGCUGCUGAGAAGCAAGUGAAAAAUCCAGAUCACGUUGAAGAUGCGGCUGCAUGCAAACAAUUUCUAGCAAAACAAGAGGUGGCAAAGGAUAUUCCCGCAGAAAGUUCCUGCCCUCCUAAGGACAGCUCAGAUGACCCUCAGACCUGGGAAUCAUCUGAAAUUCCUUACCGAAACAAGCUAGGGAAAUGGACUAGAACCAGAGCAACCUGUUUCUUUGACAUAGAAGCCUGUCACAGGUACUUAAACGUUGCGCUGUGGUGCAAAGACCCUUUCAAGCUCGGCGGUCUCAUCUGUCUGGGGCAUGUUAGUUUAAAGCUUGAAGAGGUGGCUUUAGGAUGCUUAGUGACAUCAAACAUGGAGUAUCUUUCCAGAUUCCGAUUGGAAGCCCCAUCACCAAAGGCUAUGGCCACUAGAACUGCACUGCGGAAUCUGAGCGUGCAGAAGGGGUUCAAUGACAAAUUCUGCUUUGGUGACAUUACUCUUCACUUCAAAUAUUUGAAAGAAGGAGAAACAGACCACCAUCUGAUUACUAACUUAGAGAAAGAAAAAGAACCCUAUAUGGUCGAGGAGGUGUCCGCCCUACCUAAAGAGGAACACGUGGUCGGCCCGGUGGGUUUAACAGAAAAUAAACAUAGUUUCCAAGACACUCAGUUCCAGAACCCAACUUGGUGUGAUUACUGUAAGAAAAAGGUGUGGACCAAGGCGGCUUCCCAGUGUAUGUUCUGUGCUUAUGUUUGCCAUAAAAAAUGUCAGGAAAAGUGUCUAGCCGAGACUCCUCUUUGUGGAGCAACCGACAGACACAUAGACCGGGCCCUGAGAAACCCCAGGCCGGAAGGCCCGGAACCCCCCUUAGGCCUGCCUCCUCGUGUUGAUGUUGAAACUAGCAAGUCAGUCAAUAAAACAACAGGUCUGACAAGACAUAUCAUCAAUACUAGCUCUCGUUUGUUAAAUUUGCGUCAAGUCUCUAAAACUCGCCUUUCUGAACCAGGAACUGAUCUAGUAGAACCUUCACCAAAACACACACCCAACACAUCAGACAAUGAAGGCAGUGACACAGAGGUCUGUGGCCCCAACAGUCCUUCUAAACGGGGCAACAACACAGGAAUAAAGUUAGUGAGGAAGGAGGGUGGUCUGGAUGACAGCGUUUUCAUUGCAGUUAAAGAAAUUGGCCGAGAUCUGUAUAGAGGCCUGCCCUCAGAGGAGAGGAUUCAGAAGCUAGAGUUCAUGCUGGAUAAAUUGCAGAAUGAAAUUGACCAGGAGUUGGAACACAAUAACUCUCUUGUUAGAGAAGAAAAAGAGACAACUGAUAUAAGGAAAAAAUCACUUCUCUCUGCUGCUUUGACUAAAUCAGGUGAAAGACUACAAGCGCUAACGCUUCUUAUGAUCCAUUACAGAGCAGGCAUUGAAGAUAUGGAAUCGUUAGAAAGUUUGUCUUUAGACCAGCACUCAAAGAAAAUAAGCAAAUACACAGAUGACACAGAAGAAGAUCUUGAUAGUGAGCUAAGCCAACUAAUAGACUCUCAGCCAUUCAGCAACAUAUCAGAUGACUUAUUUGGCCCACCUGAGUCUGUGUAACAGCCUGCCACAGCCAGUUUAAACUUUCAAGUGACUGGGGGGAAAGUUGCAGCUAAAGCACCACAGGUGAAAAUAACCAAGUUUAAACCCUCCAAGAAUGCACUCUGGCCUACUGCUCCACAGUUAUUUGCUUGUGUAAAAAUAAAAAAGGGUUGCUAGCAGACAGGUGAUCAGCUCGCUAAAUGGGUUGUUUCAGAUUGCAUUUCUAGCUAGCCUUUUUUUUUUUUCUUUUUGGAUUUAUACUGGGAAUUUAUUUUGUACUAAUUUAUUUUUAACUUUUUCUAAUUAUGUAAGCGACCUUUUUUGUGUUUGUUAUGUGUACUGUCUCCUGGUGUUAUUUCCCUUCCUCUUGAUUUUAGAAUUAGGGUUGAAUUACUGUCUAGAUCCUUAGUAUUUUCAUUUCCAUCAUGGUUAUAACAACAGAUUUGCUGCAUGCCAACAGCAAAUUGACAACAGCAGUCAUGGCCGGAACCUGUUUUGUCUAGCUGAGACGAGAUCUUUCUUUGUGUUACAAAAGUUUAUCAUCUCUAUUUGCUUGACAUUUUUUGUUACUUUGCAUUGGGGGAGUUGCUUUCAUUUUGUUUUGCCAAAUGUAACAGAAAAUCAGAUGCUACAGAUCCAGUUGGUUAUGCAGAUUUAGUAAAAAACAAAAAUUUUUUUCAUAUGCAUCUCUUGCUUUCUAUGCUUUUGUGAAUUUUCUCACUAAAGUUUUUUGAAGUUGAAGUAUAGAAAGAAUAUAGUGAUUGAUUUGAAGAGCUUACUUUACAAAAAUCAGAAUGUGAUAGAGGAUAAAUAUAGAAUAUAGUUAGGGAUUUUGUCAGGAGGAUAACAAGAUUUUUGAAGAACAGUAAUGAAUAGGAAUUUGGAAGUACAAUCUUCCAAAAUGUUAAUGGCUUCCUGUUAGAUGGGUGUUCUAAACAUUUAUGAUUAUUUUUCACCUUUAGUUCCUCCAUAGGGAAUAAAACAUCUGUAAAUUUUAGAGGACUGUUGUUAAAAUGACCAUGUUGAUAACUGGUUUGGGCCAUUUUAGAGGCAUUUUUCAUGCAAGAAAUGUUUCAGAGUAUAGGAAUUACGUAAAUUGGGAUUGUUGCUUUGCCUCAUAUCCUACAAGCUUAAAGAUAUGACGAGCUUUCUGAAUGUGUGUGUUUUCAUUCAUUACACACACACACACACACACACACACACACACACACAUAUAUAUACAUAUAUAUAUAUAGAGAGAGAGAGAAAAGAAAUAUAAACAAAAAAGUAGAUAGUAUAAAUACAUAGGAGUUGGGACCAGUUCUCUGAAUAUGAAGAUCUAUUCUGAUUCUUGAUCCAUCUCAUGAGUUCCAGUAACAUAUGAUUGAGGGAAAAAAUGAGAGCAUAACCCCUGUUGGUAUACCAUGAAAAUUCUGCCCUUUUGCAUACCUAUAAAAUAGGUAUAUGUGUGUUUUCUUAUUUUAUAGUUAGAAACUAGAAUGGAUGAGUAGAGGGUUGGCAUGGAUUUAAAACUCGAGGAAGUAGCAUUUGUAGCUGGUUGUAUUAUCAAGGAUUCUGCCCCGGGUCUGCAACCAAAUACUCAACACAGAAUUCAAGUUCUUCCCCCAGCCAAUCAAUAGUGAACUUUGUAGCCAGCAGCGAGCCACAGAAGGGCUUCAUGCUGCAGUCUCCCCAGUUCAUCUAGGAAUAAUAUUUACUCUACCUCACAGGAUGGUUGUGAGGAAAACAGUAAUAUGAUCAUAAAAAGUACUCUAAAUAGUAAUAAUCUAUUCAAUAAAUAGUAUGGUUAAUAAGAGUGAUAAAACCAUGUUUGAAGGGGCCAGGUGGUGGUGCACCUGGUUAAGUGCACAUGUUACAUACAGUGCUGCACAAGGUCUGGGGUUCAAGCCUCUGGCCACCACCUGCAUGAGAAAAAACCUCACAAGCGGUGAAGCAGUGCUGCAGGUGUCUCUCUGUUUCUCUCCCUCUCUUUCUGCCCGGCCCUCUUGAUUUCUGGCUGUCUCUAUCCAACAAAUAAAAAUAAUAAUAAAUUAAAAAAAAAAAAAACAUGUUUGAGAAUAAAAAAAGGGGGGGUUGUCCACUUUUAAGAUCAGUAGCUAAUUCUGGUUCCUGCUAUUUUAUUAAGUCAAAUACUAGGAAACUUUAAUCUUUCUUGGCCAACUUUAUAAUACAGUAUAUCUCUGUAUCCCUCCUUUUAUAUUUGUUUAAUUAGUAUGCUUGCCUUUUAAAAGAACACUUCUGUAUGUCUAAAUGCCAAAGUCCCUGAAAGCUAAAAAUGUUGUGUAACAUAAGCUUAAAACAAUCCACCCAAUAUCAUAGCUGAUAUUUCCAUCUUAUAAAAAAAGCAACUUACCCGUUGCUACCCUGAAAGUGGGAUGACUGUAAGUGGCUGGUAUUUGUGGGUUGUGGGAGUUUUCGAGCUGAAAUCGGUGCAUUGCAAAAGCUGUAUAAAUAAUGUGAAACUUUGAUUUCAUAAAACACAGUCUACUCAUGUUUUUUAAAAGUACCUAUCUCUGUAGAACCCAUAAUCAUGGAAAGCCCAGCACUGCUGCUAAUGACAUUCGUAAAAAUAGACCUUUCGUAGUAGUGCGUUAUUUUUCAUACACGUUCUAUGUUAGGAGAGGGAGUAGAGGUAGCACAGUUGUGGUUAGAGGGUAGAACACUCCACCUAGCCCGAGGAGAGCAAGCUGGAAGGCUUUGGAGACUGUACUAUCUAUCAUAUUACAUUCCUGAUGUAAUCUCGCUGCCAUGCUAUGUUAUCAGUAGCUCAAAAUUUAAAAAAAAUUAAAACUGUGCCAGGGGGGGGAAAAAAAGAAUAUCUUCAUUUUGUGGUAUCUGAAAAAGGUGAUUGCUACAUCUCUUAGGGCCUGUAUAAUGUGACCAUGCAGGCAUGCUUUAGCCAAGCCCAGUUUGUUAAACAAAAUUGCUAUUUUGCAGACUGCCCUCUGUUAAGUUUUGGUUUUACUGUUCAUUCUUGGGCCUUUUCUGUGUGUUAAUGAUUAAGAUGACUUGAGGUGUACCCUCUACAUUGGCCUUUAGAUAAGUGAAUGGGUUAGGCAGUCAAGCAGAGCAAUAUUUUACCCCCCUAUUUUGGGAUUACAUCAGUUGUUACAUUUCUUAAUAUCAGACCUUAUCAUCAAUAUAUUCAGUAUCAAAACUAGCAGAAAUUCUUAUCUGUGUUGCAGUUCUGAGAGGAGAAAACAAAAGCUUAAAAUUUUGGAGAACUCUAUCAAGUUCUAAAUUUGUCUACCUGUGUUUUUUGAAAGCCAGUAUGCAAAUUUGGUUUUUUAUUAACAUAACAGUAAGAUGAUAAAAAUAACAAAAACCAUAAAUCCCCCUAAAAGUCAAUAAACUUAAAAACACUAAUUCUUAAA